GUUCAUACGUUCACCAUGGCGAGGAAUGUUGUGUGUUGCCGGUCGUGGGGAACAAAACUUCUUCUUAACGGAAGGUCAUCGAAUACUCGAACAUUGCUAUUUUCAUUAAGAAGAGGUAAUCACAGCGUUGCUGAAGUUUCAAGAACUGCCACAAUUUCUCCUGAAAGGGAUCACACCUCCACCAGUCCCGACAAAACAGUUAGUGGAUUGAGCUUCAACGACGGCAAAAACGCGUUCCGAUCGAAAACGACGUGGGAGAUUGUUCGGGCUUUGGCCAUAUUUAGACUGUGCACCUUCGAUAUUCUAGUGAAUAAGAACAAAGAGUUGCUUCAGUUUGGUCAAAAGAUUCUUGGAAAGCAUUUGUUCAGGAAGUUAAUGAAGGCCUCUUUUUAUGGUCAUUUUGUGGCUGGUGAAGAUCAAGAAGCAAUCAAGCCAGCAAUUUAUAAUUUGGAGAAGUUUGGAGUUGGUGCAAUUUUAGAUUAUUCUGUGGAAGAGGACUUGUCAGAAAAUGAAACCAAAAGUCACAUGGGACAAAAUACUGAAGAUUCUGUAGAUCCAUCAGAUGAACACGACAAAUACAAACCCCAUGAAGAAUUUGCAGAUAGGAGGAAAGGAGUGUACAGUGCUCGGACAUAUUUUUAUGAAGGGGAAGAAGAGUGUGAAAAGAGAGUCGACACAUUCUUGAAAUGCAUUGAUGCAGCAGAAAGUGCUUCCAAGGAUGGCUUUGCUGCAAUCAAGGUUACAGCCUUAGGAAGGCCUCAGAUACUUAUGCGAAUCUCAGAAAUUCUGAAUCAGACACAGUACUUCUUUGAUCAUCUGGCUUCAGAUUCUGUCUUGAUGGAUAAGAUUGGAAACAGUGUUGCCAGAGACAAGUUCUUUGAAGGCCUGAAAACACUUGGGGUUGAGACGAGUCCAGAAGAAGCAAACAGAAUAUUUGACUUAAUUGACACCAACAAGUCAGGUGAUAUUGAUGUCAUAGAAUGGCAUGAGUUCUUAACCCCGCAGCUGAAACUUUCUCAGUUAUUCAGGGCAAAGCCACAGGGUGAUGAGAAGUCAGGAAGGCCGAUAAUUUCAGCUCUGACAGACGAAGAACUUAUUCAAAUGGAAAAUAUGGCAAACAGACUAACAACUCUUGCUGAGCAUGCUUCAAAAACUGGUGUGAGGCUUAUGGUUGAUGCUGAGCAAACCUACUUUCAACCUGCCAUAAGACAUCUCACUUUAGACUUGAUGAGGAAGUUUAACAAGGAAACACCACUUGUGCUGAACACAUACCAGUGUUAUUUAAAGGACACCUACACAAAGAUACAAACAGACAUGGAAUUGGCAAGACGGGAAGGAUACAUGUUUGGUGCCAAGCUUGUGCGAGGUGCUUACAUGGAGCAAGAGCGCCUUAGGGCCAGCACAAUAGGCUACCCUGACCCAAUCCACCCAAGCUACAAGGCAACCAGCAAAUGUUUUGAUGAAGUUUUGAAUGCUGUGUUAGAGGAAACCAAAAGAGGAAAUGCUAAUGUUCUUGUGGCAACUCACAAUGAGAAUUCCAUCAAGGUGGCCAUCAACAGGAUGCAUGAGUUGGGAAUUUCACCUCAGGAAAGGAAAGUCUUCUUUGGACAGCUCUUUGGAAUGUCUGAUGCAAUUUCAUUUACAUUAGGUAAUGAAGGGUAUGCUGUGUACAAGUAUGUGCCAUUUGGGCCUGUGGAAGAUGUUCUGCCAUACCUCUCGCGAAGGGCCAUGGAAAAUAAAGGCCUCUUAAAGGGGGUGCUCAAAGAGAGAGGCCUUCUCUGGGGGGAGCUUAAAAGGAGGUUCCAAGAGGGAGAGCUGACAUACAACCCAGCAUUGUGAGAUGAUAUUGGUUCUU